AUGCACACCAAGCCCAUCAUCGCCGGCCUCUCAAUUGCCGCCCUCUCUCUUCUUCCCUCCUGCCCUGCUCCUCCCGUUGCCGCUUUGGUUCUCACCGGUCUUGCUCUUCCUCUUGCCGGCAACUUGGCCUACAUCGGUCUCAAGGGCAACGUCAAGCGUGCUGAUGUCGAUGGCGAGCCUCUAGCUAAGCGCCAAUCCUGGCCUGGUGUCCCUGACUACAACAUCCAGAUGUGUCACGACGCCAACGUUGGCAGAGCUGUGACUGUCACUCAGACCUCGACUUCCUCCAUGCGAAUUGAGAACGUUGCCCCUGAGUGCAUGAACCUCGCUGCCGUCUUCACCGAACAAGGAACCCCCAUCCCAUGUGGCUCUGCUUGCCUCGACUACGUCAACCUCAGUGCCGCGGACAACCAGAAGCUCAUGGAUAUCAUCAAUAAACUCCUUUAA